GGGUGGUGGUUCUCUGAUAAGUUUUUACCCCGGGUUUAUAAAAACGCUGUCACACUUGAACUGGGAGUCACCUCUCCCCAGACGGCAGAGACAAGCAAGAUGGGGAAAAGGCGGUUCUCCAGUAUGGAGGUGACCCUCCUGGUCCUCUUUGUGUUGAUGACUGCAACAGCUGUCACCAUGAUCGCUCUGUACUUCACAAGAGAACCUAAAUCCAUCCAAGAUGAAACAAAUGAGGGAUUCAUUCCUGUUUGUCCGAACGUUGCUCAGGCUGAGAGGGUGGACUGUUUUCCUGAAACUGGAGCAUCACAGCUGACGUGUGAGCAGCGCGGCUGCUGCUGGAGCCCUCUGGAUACCCCAAAUGUUCCCUGGUGCUUUUUCUCAUCCAACCAUGGUUACACAGCGCACUCAGUGAAACACCCAAAUCCCCAUGAGAUCACAGCUGAGCUGAGCAGAAUGCCCUCUCCAUCUUUGUUUGGUGCGGAUAUACAGCAGCUGUCAUUCCACGCCGAAAUGCAGACAAGCAAUCGUCUUCGAUUUAAGAUAUUUGAUGCCCAGCAGAAGAGGUUUGAGGUACCUCAUGAACACAUCAACACCGUCACAAGUAACCCAUCGACCCCCAUCAGCGAUGCACUAGAAAUCACUAAUGAACCCUUCGGCCUCAUUGUGCGCAGAAAAGAGAACAAAAAAGUCCUGUUUGACACUACAUUUGCACCACUGGUUUUUGCAGACCAGUUCCUCCAGCUGUCUGCCAAGCUUCCAUCUCAUAAUAUUUAUGGUCUUGGUGAACAUGUCCAUCAGAACUAUCGCCAUGACACAAACUGGAGGACUUGGCCCAUUUUUAGCAGAGACGCCUUCCCCAAUGGGGGAACCCAUAACCUUUAUGGACAUUAUCCCUUCUUCCUCUGUCUGGAAGAUAACAGUGGGAACUCUUUUGGGGUUUUUCUUCUGAACAGCAAUGCUAUGGAGGUGACUCUGCAGCCUGCCCCGGCUGUGACCUACAGGACCAUCGGUGGAAUCCUUGACUUCUUCAUUUUUUUCGGAGAAACACCAGAACAAGUUGUGCAGGAGUUUGAAGAGUUGAUCGGCCGGCCAGUCAUCCCUCCCUACUGGUCGCUGGGUUUCCAGCUGUCCCGCUGGAACUACGGGAGCCUGAGUGAGGUCAAGAAAACAGUGGAGAGGAACCGUGCAGUGGGACUUCCAUAUGACAUCCAGUACACUGAUAUAGACUACAUGGAGGAAAAGAAAGAUUUCACCUAUGACAAGGUGAACUUCAAAGACCUGCCCACAUUUGCUGACUACCUGCAUGAGAAGGGCCAAAAGUACAUCCUCAUCUUGGAUCCUGCCAUAGCCACCAGUAAGUUGAUAGGAGAUGUUGCAUACGGAUCAUACGAUCGUGGAACUGCGAAGAAUGCCUGGGUCACAGAAUCAGAUGGGAAAACUCAUUUAGUUGGAGAGGUCUGGCCAGGAGAGACAGUAUUUCCAGAUUAUACCAGCCAAAACUGCAUCGAUUGGUGGGUGGAUGAGUAUGAUCGACUUUACAAGGAGGUCAAACACGACGCUCUGUGGAUUGACAUGAAUGAGGUGGCUAAUUUCAAGCAGGGAUCAAGUAAGGGCUGCAGUGUCAACAAGCUAAACUACCCUCCUUACACUCCAAGGAUUUUAGAUGACCUGAUGUACAGUAAGACCUUGUGCAUGGAUGCAAAGCAGGCCUGGGGGAACCACUAUGAUGUCCACAGUCUGUAUGGCUACUCUAUGGUGCUGGCUACUGAACAAGCCCUGCAGCGAGUGUUUGGAGGAAACCGCACCCUGAUGCUGACCCGCUCCUCCUUUCCAGGAGUUGGAAAAUACUCAGGUCACUGGCUGGGAGACAACGGAGCCAACUGGAAUGACAUCAAAUGGGCCAUUCCUGGCAUGCUGGAAUUUGGUCUGUUUGGAGUCCCCUAUAUCGGUGCUGACAUUUGUGGAUUCUUUGAUGAUUCAUCCGAAGAGUUAUGUCGUCGCUGGAUGCAAGUGGGGGCUUUUUAUCCAUUUAGCCGAAACCACAACGCCGAGGGCUACAAGCCCCAGGACCCAGCUUCAUACGGUGCAUCCUCUCUCCUGGUCGCGACAUCCAAGCAUUACCUGAGCAUACGCUACACCCUCCUGCCUUACCUCUACACACUCUUCUACAAAGCGCACACUUCAGGAGACACCGUUGUACGACCUCUCCUGCAUGAGUUCUACUCUGACAGUGAUACCUGGGCGGUGGACCGCCAGUUUCUUUGGGGAAAGUACCUGCUCAUCACACCGGUGCUGGAUCCGGGUGUGGAAAGCGUGCAGGGAUAUUUCCCAGAUGCUGUGUGGUACGACUAUGAGACGCGGGAGCGGCUCGGACAACGCAAAACACACGUGGAGCUGUUUCUGCCAGCCGAUAAGCUCGGCCUACACAUUAGAGGCGGGGCAAUUCUCCCAACGCAGGAACCUGACGUCACCACCACACACAGCCGACUCAGACCCAUGGGGUUGAUUAUCGCUCUUGAUGACAACAACCAGGCAACUGGGGAGCUAUUCUGGGACGACGGAGAUUCAAGAGCAACCGUUGAAAAUGGCAAAUACAUCCACUAUGACUUCUCUGUUGUCGAUAACGUUCUGGCGAUGGACGUGACGAACGCCGGCUAUAGCGACCCAAACAACCUUAAGUUUGAGACCAUCACUGUCCUCGGGGUGCCCCAUGCUCCCAGCGCCGUCUUUGUGAUUCAUAUUGGCCCUGGAGGGGCUUCGGACCCUGUCGAGAUAAAAAACACCAGCAUUCAUCAUGAUGCAACCAAGGAGGUGCUGACGCUGAAUGACCUCAGCUUGACUCUAGGAGAAAGCUACAAAGUGCAGUGGGAUUCUGUGACAUUGGAUUAUCAACGUGUGGACUGCCAUCCAGAAGAAAAUUCAAAUGAGGCUGAAUGCAAGAAGAGAGGCUGUCUGUGGGAAGUAAGCGCUGCUGAAAAUGUUCCGUGGUGCUUUUAUCCAGAUGACUACGGCUACAACGUUUUAAACUAUGCAGAAACUACUACAGGCAUCAGAGUUGAUAUCAAUCGGAACACGAGGUACAGAAGCAGUGGUCGUCCAGAUUCACCAGACAUCGAUAGCCUCCGUGUAGAGAUUAACUAUCAUACCGGUGACAUGCUCCAAUUUAAGAUCUGGGAUCCAAGCACUGAGCGUUUUGAGGUUCCUGUGCCGCUGACGGUUCCUUCUACUCCUGAAAGUGACGAGGACAAGAGGCUGUACAGAGUUUCUGUCACCGAAAGUCCAUUUGGUAUCCAGGUUGUAAGGAAAAGCACAGGAACCACAGUCUGGGACUCUUCCAUGCCAGGUUUUAUCUUCUCCAAUAUGUUCAUUCAAAUAUCAACCAAACUGUCAUCCAAGUUUGUCUAUGGGUUUGGGGAGACCGAACACACCAGCUUCAAGCAUGACCUCGACUACCACACCUGGGGUAUGUUCGCCAAGGACCAGCCUCCAGGAUACAAGAUGAAUUGCUAUGGAGUUCAUCCUUUCUACAUGGGGCUGGAGAACACCGGCGACGCUCACGGUGUGCUGCUGCUCAACAGCAAUGCCAUGGAUGUGACAUUCCAGCCCACUCCAUCCUUAACCUACCGGACUAUUGGAGGCAUCCUGGAUUUCUACAUGGUCCUGGGACCCACUCCUGAGAUGGUUGUGCAAGAAUACACUAGUCUGGUUGGACGACCUGUUUUACCUGCUUAUUGGUCCCUUGGGUUCCAACUCUGUCGCUACGGUUACGCCAAUGACUCAGAAAUAGAAAACCUUUAUACUGACAUGAAAAAAGCGGGAAUACCUUACGAUGUCCAGUAUGCAGAUAUUGACUACAUGGAGCGUCAGCUGGACUUUGUGUUGGACUCAGAGUUUCAAGGACUUCCAGCUCUCGUAGACCAAAUGAGAGCAGAGGGCAUGCGAUUCAUCUUCAUUCUGGAUCCAGCCAUUUCCGGGAAUGAGACAAACUAUCCCGCUUUUGAGAGAGGAGUGGCUCAAGAUGUCUUCAUCAAAUGGCCUAAAGAGCUUGGUGAUGGAAUAGUAUGGGGAAAGGUCUGGCCUGAUUUCCCAAAUGUAACAGUGGAUGAAGAUCUUGACUGGGAAACUCAAGUGCAGAUUUACAGAUCUUAUGCAGCAUUUCCAGACUUCUUCCGCUCGCAAACAGCAGCCUGGUGGCAUCAAGAAAUCCAGGAUUUUUAUACCAAUGUAAUGAAGUUUGAUGGCCUUUGGAUUGACAUGAAUGAGCCUGCCAGUUUUGUUCAUGGCACAGUAGGAGGGACAUGUCUUGGAGAGAAUCUUCUAGAAUUUCCUCCAUAUAUGCCACCCCUGGAGAGCAAGGAAGAAGGCUUAAAACACAAGACCCUCUGCAUGAACAGCGAGCAAAUUCUCAGUGAUGGAAAGAGAGUCAAGCACUAUGAUGUGCACAACCUGUAUGGAUGGUCCCACACCAAACCCACCUACGAUGCCUUGCUGGAUGUGACGGGUAAAAGGGGCAUUGUGGUGACCAGAUCCACCUACCCCUCCAGUGGGAAAUGGGCAGGACAUUGGCUGGGUGACAACAAUUCCAGCUGGGACCAACUUUACAAAUCUAUUAUUGGUAUGAUGGAGUUCAGCCUGUUUGGCAUUCCCUACACUGGAGCAGACAUUUGUGGCUUCUUUAACGAAGCUGAUUAUGAGAUGUGCCUUCGUUGGAUGCAGUUGGGCGCUUUCUAUCCAUACUCACGCAACCACAAUGGCAAGGGUAACCCUAGACAAGACCCUGUCGCUUGGGAUGACAGAUUUGCCACCAUAUCCAAGGACGUCUUGAACAUCCGUUACACCUUGUUGCCCUAUCUGUACACAUUAAUGUUUGAGGCACAUACCCAAGGAAGCACCGUUGUCAGACCAGUGUUACAUGAGUUUACAAAUGACAAAACUACAUGGGACAUCCAUAGACAGUUCCUCUGGGGACCUGCCCUACUUAUCAGUCCAGCUCUAGAUGCGGGACAAACGGUGGUCAAUGGCUACCUUCCAGUUGCACGCUGGUAUGACUACCACUCUGCUCAAGAUGUCGGGGUCCGUGGCAAGUGGUUAACCAUGCAGACACCCCUUGAACGUAUCAACCUUCAUGUCAGAGGGGGCUACAUUUUGCCCUGGCAGAAACCAGAGAGCAAUACAAAAUUGAGCCGAAAGAAUCCUCUAGGACUGAUCGUUGCCUUGAGUGACAGUGGGACUGCUGAAGGAUCAUUCUUCUGGGAUGACGGAGAAGGCAUAGACACGGUGGAGCAGAAGAAGUAUCUCCAUGCAACCUUUUCCACGGCAUCGAACACUUUGACCAACAAAGUUGUCCACAAUGGUCUGAAUCCUGAAGAUCGCCUGACUCUGGGUUCGGUGAAGGUCUGGGGCACAGGCACUGAAAAGAUCACUGAAGUCACUCUGACAGACUCCACUGGGAAGAUUCAUCAAGUGAUUCCACAGCAGAACAUCUACACUCAGGAGCUGAUCAUUGAUGUCACAGUGCUGGCUGUUUAUUUGGAUCUUCCUUUUACCAUCGAGUGGAAGUCUGUUGUCUGAAUUUAUUUAAAGUGUAAAAUAAUUUAUCCAUGCAUCAUGGUCCAUCAAGAUCAAUCUUUAUGGAAAAAA